AAUUUUAAUGGCCGUGUAAGUCAUCCCCCCACCUUUCCCCAUCCUCAUCGCCCCCUAAUUUCUGACACAAAUUGACAGCACUGGUUUCCCCGAUCUCUGUCGUUUGGCACGACCUUCGAUCGCGGAAUCUGCUUGAGCCGAAUUUCUCUUACGAAUUCAUAUCUCUCCAAACUAGGAUUUCUUUAUCUUGACAGCAGGGAAGGUGACAUUAUCAACUCGGUCUAUUAUUACUACCGCAGGUGUUCAGUCCACCCUUUUUGUAGUUAUCAGCAGGCUCUACCCAUGUAAACAGUGUUGGUCACUCACUCAGGCCUAGUUGGUUAAGAGGCAACUUCACAGAAUCAGGUUUGCACUGAUCGGGGCAUGUUGGCAUCAGUGUCAGCGAUUAAAACUGAAAAAUGUGGUUUCGAAAUGUCACGUUCAUACGUGGGGUGGUGAAACCCUACGGUGGUGGGUACACAGAGGGAUUGAUUUCUCCGGUGAUUAAGAUACUCCCAGUGAAGAUCAAGAAUCGGCACAAAGAAUUACUCUCACUGUAUAUUAGAGUUGAUUUAUUUCUAUUCGAAAUCAAGUUGAGAAUCCAAAAUUCAGGACUUUCCCAGUAUUGAGACUGAGAUAAUUUACACAAUUGUGGAUACUGGUACUCAUAAAUGGAGUUCACAACACUAUGGAUUGAUUGACCAGUAAUGAAUAGGCUUGAGCUUAUGUUGUGAUAAUUGCAAGAAUGAAAAGUUAAGGCAGAGCCAGUGGGCAAAGGUCACUGUGCUACCUGCUUUCUCUAUAGAGCUAAUUCACCUUUACGUGUAAGACCACACAGUGAAACUUUUCAAAGACAUGUACUAGUCGUUAACCCAUACAUAAAACAGUCGUUGAGCUUCGUGCAUGUAUACAAGUCGCAUGGCCAAACUUUCCACCCAGCUUUCACGACAAAGCAACAAACAAAAUCACUCCAAAUGACGAGUUUUUGACCUGAGUGAGUUGGAGCCCACACUUAAUUGGCAUACAUGUGCUACGAGGUAAAUCCGUCAAUGCGAACGGGCCAAAACUGUGUAUAACAAUUAAUGAAUGAUUAAAAACUACAAAAGUUUAGGACAAAAGUGAACUUGCGUUUUAAAGAACAAACUCUGCUACUAAUAGAGAGAGGCAAAUCGACACAUACGCCACGGUGAAGUACGUCGCGUAAGCAUACAAGAUUACGCUCAUGUCUGGUUCGAACUAAUGAACUAAAACCCGUUGUUGCAGACUAAUAUUUAUAAGGAUACGGCUAUAGCUAUAGCUACCUAUAAGACAGAUGCUCCAAAUCCCUGUGUCACGAUGGGGAAGGUGUUACCUUGAUAAAAACUGAACUCAGAUCGACUGAUUUGCUGUCUGAGUCCGAGUCCGAGUCCGUAAAAAUCGGACUCGAGUCCGGACUGACUGGAGCCCUCCAGCACUGACACAUAACCAUCUAAAUUAAAUAGAAAGAAACGUCCGACUCGGAGUCCAGUGUCACAACCUCUCUAUCAGUCCCCCGGUUUUCAUUCAUAAGGGAAGCCGGAAUUUGGACUGAUAUUGAUAGCCUGGAUGCCUCAUAGCGAAGCUGCCACAACCAAUUGAAGUCACAUCACACCUGAAGCAGGGAGUGUUGUCACAAGGCUGUUCACUCGCUCGAUCCAAGAGUAACCAUAACAGGUUUGCAGUCGUACCUGCAGAUAGUAGUCACAGGUUUGUGUUUGCUCGAGAAGUAUAGGUUGCCAUUCCAGUGGAUCACGGACUGACGGUGAGGUUAUCUUUCCAUUUCACGGGAGAUUUGUAUAUUGGGCUAAGAGCAAAAAACGUACCAAACCGUAACUCUUACCUAGCACCUUCUGACAAUCAUGCUCCGCCGUAGAUAUCACUUGGGUCUUACCAAAUCAUGUUAUCCCGAUAAAAUAAUUUGAGAUUAAAAGCUCCUUGACAUUCUAAGCCCUAGGCCUAAUGCCUUUCAGCGAUAUCAUUUAACACCAUUCAUAUGCAUAUUGAACCUAAAUUAUCAACAGUGGCAAGGUUGAUUCCAGUAUACAUUCAUGAGAGAGAAACGGCAUGGCUUGUCUUGUUAAUCCUAGAGAUGACUUCCCACGUCGACCCUCCACCGAGCUGGGAGGAAGUAAUCGGCCCAGCGGAGGAGCAGGAGGUGGAUGGGCCAGGAGAGCUCCCGCUCCCCGCACCAAGCCGGCGAGCUCUGAUCUGGAGAAACCGACGAUAUUUCAUCGUGUUCCUGGUGCCUCUCAUCCUGUGCCCAAUACCAAUCGUUUUUAACGAGCCGAUCGGCUACACGGCCUACAGCAUCCUGAUCAUGGCUAUCUUCUGGUGCACGGAGGCGAUCUCUUUGGCCGUGACGGCUCUCUUACCCCUCGUCCUCUUCCCGCUCUUUGGGGUCAUGCCGGCCAAGGAUGUCGCAGUUCAAUACUUCAAGGACACCAAUCUGCUUUUCUUUGGCGGCCUGAUGGUGGCUGUGGCCAUCGAGGACUGUAACCUGCACCGACGGAUCGCUCUAGCUGUCUUGAUACUGGUGGGAUCCAAGCCAAGAUGGAUGAUGUUUGGAUUCAUGAUUAUUACAGCGUUCCUGUCCAUGUGGAUCAGUAACACCGCCACCACUGCCAUGAUGUUACCUAUUGCGCAGGCUGUGCUGCAGCAACUAAAAAGGGAUAAUCUGAAACAGGACACGGAUAACAUUGAAAGUGUUGAAGACGUUACUGCCAAUGAGCGGAGCCACAGCAAAUCUGAGGAGGAUGUUGUUAUUGAAAUGGAACAGAUUCAGCCAAAUGGUACUUCAAGGACCAGGUUGCAUUCUCUGAAAAUGAGCAGUCAGAACCUCCAGGAAGACAAUGAGCAAGAAGCCCGAUAUAACCUUAUGUGCAAAGGCAUCGUGCUGUGCGUACCUUACGCCGCCAACAUCGGUGGUACAGCCACGCUGACAGGCACAGGUCCAAACCUCGUGAUGGCCGGUCAAGUGAGCAGUUUGUUCGGGUCCGAGGCUGAGGUCAACUUCGGUGAGUGGAUGAUGUAUGCCACGCCUGGUAUGCUGCUCUGCCUGCUUCUGACCUGGAUCUGGCUGCAGAUUGUUUACGUGGAUCGCUGGUGCUGCCGGAAGUUAGGUGGUGAACUCGACCACAAAGGCGCUGCCAAAGUCAUCCGUCAGGCGUACAAGGACCUCGGGCCCAUGUCGUUUGCCGAGGUGGGUGUUCUGUGCCAUUUCGUGCUGCUGAUUGUUCUGUGGAUCACCCGUGAACCAGGCUUCGUGACCGGAUGGUCUGUGCUCUUUCUGGAAGACUAUGUGACCGACUCGACUACAGUCUUAUUUGUCGCCAUCCUGCUUUUCGUGUUCCCGUCACGGAUGCCCAAAUUCUUGUGCGGCCGGAGCUCCAAAGAAGAUUUGCUGGAAGAAAAAAGUCCCUGCCCGGCCCUUCUUGAAUGGCCGGUUAUUCAUAAAAAGAUGGCUUGGCUCGUGGUUAUCCUCUUAGGCGGAGGAUUUGCACUGGCCGAAGGAUGCAAGGUGUCGGGUCUGUCAGCUUGGAUAGGCGACAAGUUCGCUGUAUUAGAUAGCCUCCCUCCCUUUGCCAUCGCGUUGGUGGUGUCCGUCAUCAUAGCCGGUUUCACCGAGGUCACCAGCAACGUGGCUACGGCAACCAUCUUCCUGCCCAUACUCGCCAGCCUGGGGACGAGUAUCGGCGUCAAUCCACUCUUCUUGAUGCUACCUGCCACCGUGGCCUGCUCCUUCGCCUUCAUGCUGCCAGUGGCCACGCCUCCUAAUGCCAUCGCCUUCGCCUAUGAGCAAGUCACUGUCAUGGACAUGGUGAAGACGGGUUUCAUGCUAAACGUUAUCUGCGUCUUCGUUGCCAACGCCAGCAUCAACACACUGGGCAUGUGGAUCUUUGAUGUGGGCACGUUUCCCGAUUGGGCAAAGGUCAACGUUACAGCUGCCUAUUAAUAACUUCAUGGAGUGGGACUCCGCCUGUCGCCAUACAGGUUCAGUGACAAAACAGACUGGCAGAGUCCUGACCAUGAGCUGAUAUUUCAUAACUAUACUUAUUAAAAGUUUCAUAAGGUGGGGUCUAUAAGUUUGACAGGUGAGCAGUGUUGAGCAUGCUGCAGAUCGUCGUUAAGGACUUGAAAGUCGUGAGAGUGUAUUGCACGAUACGUACAGGAAAUAUUCGAGUAUUCUUAGGUAAAUAUCAAACAACGCGCUAAAACAUAAUACAAAACAAAAUAAAAAUACAAAAGUCCUGUUAAAGUAUACACAAAAGUAGCCAUUUCAAAUGAAAACCAGCCCUGUACGGAUAUUGUUGACGGCGAAGAAGAUACUUAUUACAUAAGAUGAUGUCAGCAUCUUGAAUUAAAAAAAAAUCGCGGUGGGCGCGGGAAAUGUUAGAGCAACGCUGAAAGAGCGACUUUUUAAAACUAAUUUAAAGAUAAUGGAUGGUCUCCCAUAUCCAUAUCUAUUCUUUGCUGUAUGAAACGGGAGAUAUAUUUUCUCUCUUCACAGAGAGGUUUUUAACGCUGUAGUGUUCUUGAGGAUCAGUAUGUACAGGUUGAGGCAGCCGACGCACGCCCCAUACUUUUUCACCAAUAUUCUUUUCUUUUUUUGAAUUUAAGUUUGACUUCUUUUUUUUCCGUUUCUUCUACGUCAGCUAUAUAUUUAAUUACUUUAUAAAGGCAUGAAUGAAUAUCCAGAUGAAUAAAUAAUUUGCUCAUCUGUGCUCACAAUAUAUUCGGUUUUCACCCCCAAUGUCGACUUUCCCUUUUGUCAAUGCCGGAACUCGCUCCCUGACAGCUCGCGUACAGUUUGUAUUGUCUGUUUUGGCGGGGGCUGGAUAGGCCUAUUAAGUGCAUUCUCACCGAUUCUUAAAUAUCUUGGACUUUGAAACAGCUUAAUUGUGUUGAAAGCCCGAUUCUUCGCAAAACAACGCUUUUCCUCGGUAAGAGUUAUAUGGAGAACAUGCUGGUCUACGGCAAGUGCCGUUUGGCAACACGUUAUUAGGUGUAUUCACGCAAAGACCUUACUCAAAAGUGAUGCGCUUUUGCACACAUUCAGUUGAAAAAUCAUUAGCACUGAGAGUGCUUCACAGCGCCAUUACUGUUGCUUCAAAAUGUUUUUCAUAUCUGUCUGUGUGUUAUCUUCCCCCUUUCACUGAGAUCAAGAAGAGGUCUGCGAAUUUACGCUAAAAAUGUUUAACACACAAGUUAUGAAACGGAAAUCUUUGAGGCCUUGAACGCAAAUUAUAUUCUUGAAGAAGAUUAUCGCGUGUUUAAGCCAGUAUACCUUCGGUCAGAGUUGUUUCUAAAUUCGUCAUGUUAGCUAAGACUGUUACAGAGGGUUUGCUGCUCUUGUCCAACUACUUUUUGCAAUUGCACUUUUACUUGUGUUAGUACAUUCGUGUACUUUAAAAGCCAGUGUCACAGUCUUUUGAACCAAAAGGAAGGUUCUACCACCCUCUGUUGCAUAUUUAAUCUUUACAAGUAACGAAAUAAUUUUAUCAGUCCUGUGCCUGCGAUAACUGAGCUCCAAUCCACACGGAUACAUGUGGAUAGGUCUUCAGAGACAAAGCUUUUGUUGUAACGUUUCUACCAAUAAAGAGCGAACGUAGCAAGUACUGAUCAGCGUCUGAUAUGAUUGAGAAUUAUGCAAUUCCUGACAACUACCCUAAUUUCCUCCAAAAUCUGUCUUCCAUAGAGAUCAUGGAAAUCUACCAUGCAAAUUUCCCGAGUGGUUGGUGCAAAGAUUGACAAACGCCACAAACUAUAUAAGCAACUUUCCUCGCAAGUUCCUGUAUUUACACGAACUGAGGUGGUAUCUGCUUCAUCGACGAUGAAACUCUGGUGGCGAAAGACAAGAUGAGACAUGGAGGUAGAACGUCAGCGCUGGGCUUUCCUUCAGAGAAAUUGGUCGCAUUAGAGCCAAA